UCCAUCUCGACUGCACAGGAGAGAAACCCCCCUGCAAACACACGCCAUGGCCACAAUCAUUAAGAAGGUGGACCUCCACUGCCAGGCUAAUAACUCCGCCCACCACACCAGUGACAUUACAACUGAUCAGCUGAUCGUGAGGCGAGGCCAGUCCUUCCUCCUGACUCUGGAAAUGUCGCGACCUUUCACAGAAGGCGAGGAGCUCCACCUCACAGCAGAGACAGGUUCCCAUCCAUCAGAGGAGCGUGGAACCCGAUCGGUGUUCGGCAACCCCUCACCCAUGUACUCAAAAGCCAUCAAGGCAGCGUGGAAGUACAGCAUUGACAGCAGCUCCGCCCUGCAGCGGGGCAUCGUGGUUUUGACCGUGACCCCGGCGGCUGACGCCCCUGUGGGGAGGUACUUACUUUCAGCAAGUACCGAAAGGAAGAAAACCAGUCUGGGAAGCCUGGUGGUGCUCUACAACCCCUGGUGCUCAGCUGACUGGGUGUAUCUUCCCAAUGGGAAUGAGAGAGAGGAGUAUGUGAUGAAUGAACAGGGAGUCAUCUUUAGAGGAGCAGGACACUUCAUCACCCCUAUGCAAUGGGACUAUGGACAGUUUGAAGACGACAUGGUUGACAUUUGUCUGAAGAUGUUGGACAUCAACCCCAAACACCUGAAAGACCCGGCUGAUGACGUCUCUGCUCGCUGUAACCCCAUCUAUGUCAGCCGCGUGGUCAGCGCCAUGAUCAACUCUAAUGAUGACCGUGGCGUGCUACAGGGAUGCUGGGAUGGUAACUAUGUUGGAGGACUCAACCCCACCCACUGGAGCAGCAGCACCAACAUCCUUCAGCGCUGGUACCUUAACAACUGCCACCCGGUAAAGUACGGACAGUGCUGGGUGUUCGCUGCUGUAAUGUGCACAGUGAUGCGGUUUCUUGGUAUCCCUUGUCGCGUGGUGACAAACUUCGAGUCGGCCCACGACACAGACAAGAGUCUGACGAUUGACAACUUCUUUGGACACAGCGGAGUCGUGGCCAAGAAGAGCCGAGACAGCGUCUGGAACUUCCAUGUGUGGGUGGAGGCAUGGAUGAAGCGUCCAGACUUAUUGAAAUAUGGCAACUAUGAUGGAUGGCAGGUCUUGGAUCCUACACCACAAGAAAGGAGCCAAGGAGCGUUCUGCUGCGGUCCGGCUCCAGUCUCAGCCAUCCUCAAAGGCCACGUUGACCUCAAAUAUGACAUCCCAUUUGUCUUCGCUGAAGUCAAUGCUGACAUUGUGAACUGGAUGGUCAGUGCCACUGGUUCCAAGACGAAAAUGAACUCCGACACCCGGAAAGUGGGCCAGAACAUCUCCACCAAGGCUGUGGGCUCAAGCAGGAGGAUGGAUAUCACCGACAGCUACAAAGACAAAGAGGGCAGUGCGAGGGAGAGGACAGUCUUCAAGCACGCGGUCACCAGUCUGAACUCACAAGAGGAAGGAAACGACCGCGGGCCGCAGAAAGGAGCAGAGCCGCUGAAGGUGGAGAUGAAAAUUGAAAAGGACAGGAAGCUGCUGAGCAGUCAGGACGUCACACUGAUGCUGACGCUGCGCAGUAAGGAUAAAACCACGAGGGUUUUGUCCAUCGUCAUCAACGUCCAGGCCAUGAGGUACACCGGCGUCCCGGUUUACAACAUCGAGACCAAACCGGAGGACAGGACCCUGAAUCCGGGACAAGAUCUGUGCGCUCCUAUCAUCAUCCCGUUCUCAGUCUACGGGAAACACACGGCGGACUGUGACAGCCUGAAGGUUUCGGCUGUGGCCACCGACAAGAAGCAGCCGGAUAACAUCUACCUGGCCGAGAUCGACGUCGUCCUGGAGGAUCCUCCCCUCUCCAUCGCCGUUUUGGGUCAGGCCCAGCAGUACCGUGCGAUGAUUGUGGAGGUGACGUUUGAAAACCCGACCAAUGAGACGCUGAGGAACUGCUCUCUGACCGUCAUGGGAAGCGGCCUUCUCAGAACUGUCACUGAGAAAAGGGUUCCGGACCUGAAACCAAAAGAAACGAUGCGGUGCAGCUUCUUGGUGACGCCCUACAAGGCCGGCCUGAGGACUCUGGUGGCCGACUUUGACUGCAGCGCGUUCAGGGACAUAAAGGGCAGCUGCACCGUCGACGUCAAGCCGCACUGCUGUCUUUAGUUUGGUAGCUGUUUGUCUUCAUUUUGAUCAAAAUUCCUAAAAUCACUCUCUGAUCUGAUGUGUGCAAAACGCUUUUUCCAGCUCUUCCAUCGUCUUUAUUUUCAUAUUCUGCACUGUGCUGAUAAUGUGACUGGCAAUAUAUACUGAUGGUUUUGCGGGGCAGUUCUAUUAAAUUUAAUACAUAAUUCAUACUUCACAUAAUAUAUGAAAUCAUGAAAGUUUGCAUCAUUGCUUAUCCAUGAGCUGCACCUCAGAGGAGUUACCUUUGAAAAAAAAAAAAAUCAGUUUUCUGUAAAAACAUGGAGACUGAGAACGUUGUUUGUGCAGAUUAUUGAGAAU